AUGGACUCUUCCUUGCAAAAUUUGGUGAAUGAAUGGCUUGCAAUUGAUCAAAAUGAGACGACACGGAAUGAAGUAAAAAGCUUGGUUAAUGCCGGUGAUUAUGUAACUUUGAAGCAAAUCAUGCAUCCACGAAUUGGAUUUGGUACUUCAGGUUUACGUGCCGAGAUUGGUGCAGGGUUUGUUCGCAUGAACAGUCUAACCGUCAUACAAGCAUCUCAGGGAUUUGCUGAAUAUUUAAUUCAAACGGUACCUGGAUCCCAGGAAAUGGGCGUCGUUGUAGGUCAUGAUCAUCGACAUAACUCACAGCAAUUUGCUCGUUUAACUGCUGCUGCUUUUUUGAACAAAGGUUUUAAAGUAUAUGCUUAUGGAUUUCUUGUCCAUACUCCACUUGUUCCGUUUUCUGUCAAAAACCUGAAAGCUGCUGCCGGUGUCAUGAUUACCGCUUCCCAUAACCCAGCUGCUUAUAAUGGUUACAAGGUUUAUUGGAGUAAUGGAUCCGCGAUUAUCCCUCCCCAUGACAAAGGGAUAGCUUCUUGUAUAGAAAAGAAUUUGAAGCCUUUAGUUUGGGAGCAGGGCCUUGUCGAUCACCACAUGUUGGCGAAUUGUACAUUUUCGACAGACAUACUAAAACAGUAUUGGUCUCAGCUACAUGAGUUUCAUAGAGAGAACACAUUUUCGUUGGACAUGAAGCCACUGAAGUUUGUUUAUACUCCUAUUCAUGGCGUAGGUCUUCCUUUUGUUACGUCUGCUUUGGCUCUUUUUGGAGAACAAGCUGACAUGAUCUCCGUUCCUCUUCAGGAUUCACCAAAUCCCGAUUUUCCAACUGUCAAAUUUCCCAAUCCAGAAGAAGAAGGAGCGCUAGAUCUUGCGUUUAAGCAAGCAGAUGCUCAUAACGUUUCUUACGUGUUGGCAACUGAUCCCGAUGCUGACCGUUUUGCAUUUGCCGAAAAGAUAAACAAUGAAUGGAGAUGUUUUACUGGAGAUGAAGUUGGUUGUAUUCUUGCUUACUUCAUUUUUCAGGAGUACAAGGACGCAGGCAAACCUGUGGAUGAUUUUUAUGUGCUUUCUACUACCGUUUCCAGUGCUCUUAUGAAAUCGAUGGCAAAAAUUGAAGGGUUCCAUCACGUGGAGACAUUAACAGGUUUUAAAUGGCUUGGCAACGCUGCUGCUGAAUUAGAAGACCAAGGUAAAUUCGUGGGUUUAGCUUAUGAAGAAGCCCUUGGCUAUAUGGUAGGUGGUAUUGUAAAAGACAAAGAUGGUGUAAAUGCUUUGUUGACUUUUUUGCAUCUUCUUAAACGUUUAAAGCUUCAACAGCUUUCCGUUAGUCAGGUUUUUGAUAAGGUGUCCCAAAAGUACGGUUACUACGUGACUCGAAAUUCUUACUUCUUUUCUCGUGACAAUUCAAAACUUCGUGGUUUGGUAGAUGCCCUUCGUAACAAAGAUACCAACAAUGGAUACCCGGCAAAGUUAGGAAGCCGAAACAUAACCAGUGUUCGUGACUUAACAUCCAAUUAUGAUUCCACCACGGCAGACAAGAAAGCUAAGUUGCCAAUUUCCAAGAGUUCAGAUAACGUAACAUUUGAGCUUGAAAACGGCCAAGUAGUUAUGACUAUUCGUACUAGUGGUACUGAACCUAAACUUAAGUACUACAUAUGUGCAAGAGGUAGUACAUCAGCAGAGGCCCAGAAGAAUGCCACAGAGGUUUGUAUGGGUAUUAAAGAUGAAUGGUUUAAGCCCAUGCAGAAUGGGUUGGGCGAGCCUUAA